AGAGAGGGGGAAGACGUGGGGCGGUUUUCUCAAUACUUAGCAUCCGAGAUCUCUCUCUUUCGUUCUGGUUUAACCUUUAUCUCGUCGUGCAUCGCUCACCUAUCUUUCAUCUCUCUCUUCAUAUAGUCGUGUGGCUCUGGUCGUAAAAGCAUUCCGUCCUUGAAGACAGACAGUCAUGGACAGAGGGGGAAACCAAUGGAGCGAACGCGAUAGGCAUCGCAAGAGGGAUGAGAGAUACCGCAUUAGGGGUCAUCACCACCGCAGACGAGGCCACUGGCAUGCAAGGGGUGAUCAUGGAGAGGAGAGAAACACUUCCCGAGAAUCUCUCGGUAGAGAUGGGAGUCGAUCACAUACCGAGACCGACGCUCGUCAUCCUGGAUAUGAUGCAUCACUGUAUCCAGACCCUGAGCCUAUAGCUGAACUCCAGGCUGUUGCUGUCCGGCCAGAGUUUAACCUUGCGCCGGAGUUUAAUCAGGUUUCCCUAGGAAAUGGGGAUAAGAUUUGCCCCAUCAGACGCCCCGACAAAGGUGGCUCGUUGCUUGCUCGGCAUGUCAAGCUUCUUGUCAACCACUUUCGCAUCACCUUCAAUCCUGAAACCAUCAUAAGGCACUACAAUAACGAAAUCAAGCCCGAGGCACCUGCAAUGCACCGCCGUUCCGUAAGGCUAUCAAAAACCACCGUUGGUCAGAUCAAGGAGAAGUUAUUCUCUGACAACCGCACACAGUUUCCUUUAUCCAUGACCGCUUACGAUGGCGAGAAAAACAUCUUUAGUGUGAUUCCACUGCCUUGUGGGACGUACAACGUGAAGAUAUUUUCUGGCGAAGACGGCGAGGACUCCUCAUUCCAAUGCACCAUUGAGCUAGUGAACGAGUUCAAUCUCCUUAAAUUGAAAGACUACUUAGAAGGAAACUUGCUAUCAAUCCCCCGGGACAUAUUGCAGGGCAUGGAUCUGGUGAUGAAGGAGAACCCAACGAGGCACGUGAUCUCGGUCGGACGGCACUUCUAUCCCCUCGAGCAUCAGGAGACGAACGAUCUGAAGUGCGGCGUCGCGGCAUUCAGAGGGUUCCAACACAGCUUGAAGCCAACCUCCCAGGGUCUUGUGCUGUCUCUCGAUUGCUCGGCCAUGGCCUUUCGAAAGAGGAUGCCGGUCAUCGAUUUCCUCAAGGAGAACAUACGUGGAUUCAGCAUGGAUCAAUUUGCGAAGUACAGGAGGAAAGUCGAGCAGGCGCUAAAGGGGGUGAAGGUCACAGUGACCCACCGCAAGACCAAACAAAAGUAUACGAUCGUGAGACUGACUGACGAGACGACGAGUUCGAUAUCUUUCAACUACGAGAACUCUGAGGGCAAGAUGAAUAAGAUCAAUCUAGUGAACUAUUUCUUGGAGAAGUACAAAAUCGAGAUCAAGUACAGGGACAUUCCUUGCUUAGAUAUCAGCAAGAACAACAAGAAGCAGUACGUGCCUAUGGAGUUGUGCGUGUUGGUCGAGGGGCAACGGUACCCGAAAGAGAACUUGGAGAGUGAUGCCUCCACCUUGUUGAAGAAUCUCUCCUUGCCUCCCCCACAUAUCAGAAAGAAGUCCAUAUGCCACAUGAUGAGGUCAAACACCGGACCUUGCGGAGACGUCAGCCGAAACUUUGGAAUGGACGUCGACAUGAACAUGACGAAAGUGGUGGGACGUGUCCUCGAACCUCCCGAGUUGAAGCUGGCGGCUCCGAAUGGCAAGGCGAUCAAGAUAGAGGUUGAUAAAGAUAAAUGCCAUUGGAAUUUAAUGGGGAAAUGUGUCGUGGAUGGGAAGCCAAUCGAAAGAUGGGGCAUUGUUGAUUUCAGCGCGUCGGAUCAGAAUCGGCUCAACUAUGAGCCGUUCAUCCAAAAGCUUAUUGGCAAAUGCCGAAGCUUGGGGAUUCGGAUGGAAGAACCACUCUUUUAUCAAGUUGCGGCAAUGAGCAUGUUAUCCAAUGUGGUUAGAUUGAUUGAGCUGUUAGAGAAUGUCAACGACCGUGCUUGUAGAGUCAAGAGAGGGCGUCCUCAAUUCAUUCUUUGCGUCAUGUCUAGAAGGGACAUUGGCUACAAGAACAUCAAAUGGAUCUGUGAGACUCGAGUCGGGUUAGUCACUCAAUGUUGCCUUUCCAUGAGGGCCAAUAAAGCCAACGAUCAGUAUCUAACAUAUCUGGCCCUCAAGAUCAAUGCCAAGCUUGGGGGCAGCAACGUGGAGCUAUUCAAUCCAUUCCUGCACAUCAACGAUGAGGGGCAUGUGAUGUUCCUUGGUGCUGAUGUCAACCAUCCAGCAUCCCGCGACAUGAUCAGUCCGUCAUUUGCUGCAGUCGUCGGCACCAUCAACUGGCCCGCUGCCAAUCGCUAUGCCGCAAGGGUGCGACCUCAGAUCCACCGGCAAGAAAAAAUUGUCAACAUCGGGGAGAUGUGUCUGGAGCUCAUCGAGACAUACGCCAGUCUGAACCGAGUUAGGCCCAGGAAACUCAUAUUGUUUCGCGAUGGGGUGAGCGAAAGCCAAUUCGAUAUGGUUCUGAAUGAAGAAUUGCAGGAUCUAAAGAAGGCUUUCGCCGAGAAAGAUUACAAGCCAACCAUCACGAUCAUCGUGGCGCAGAAGCGCCACCAAACUCGUCUUUUCCUGAACGAUGUCGAUGGGGCUCCCAUAGGGAACGUACCGCCAGGGACAAUCAUGGACACAACAGUUGUCCAUCCUUUUGAAUUCGACUUCUAUCUGUGCAGCCACUAUGGAGGCAUCGGGACAAGCAAGCCAACCCAUUACCAUGUCCUCUGGGACGAGCACAGGUUUAGCUCUGACCACUUGCAGAAGUUGAUUUACAACUUAUGUUUUACCUUUGCUCGAUGCACCAAACCGGUAUCUCUGGUCCCGCCUGUGCACUAUGCUGAUCUUGCCGCCUAUAGAGGAAGGUUGUAUCACGAAGCAGCGAUGGAGCAUUCUCCCAAUUCGAUGGCCUCUUCAUUCUCCUCAAAGGCGUCCACAUCGUUCUCAUCGGUUGGUUCAAAUGAAGAGCGAUUCUACAAGCUGCACGCUGAUGUGGAGAACAUGAUGUUCUUCAUUUGAAGGCCUUACGCUCCUGUGUUUAGAAGAAGUCGGAGUUCUCCAUCCAAAAAACGUAGAGAAGAGACUUUCUGGAUAUUGCCAUCGCCCCUGCUCCAGAAAAGAAGCCUUCUUUUUACGGGUGAAAGGCUAAUGGAGCCAUAUUAGCAAGAUUUCUUUCAACGGGUGAACUUCUCUUAUGCUGGAGAAGCAAUGACAAAUAACCAGGCACCUCUUCUACGCAUUUAUUUAGGUGGAGCAGAUGCAACGGUCUUCAGUAUUCUUAGUGCUUUAGUAGGAUCCUGACAUGAUUAAUGCUCAUCAUGUGCAUUGGAGGAAACAGUGGAUCUAGUUAUUGUAUUUAUGAAUUUGUUUUUGGUAACAAUUCUGCGUUCUUAGAUUAGUUGUCUCCAACUUAUUUUGUGGUGAUUAAUGGU